UUUAGGCCGUUUUGUUUUGUUUUAAAGCCGCCGUCCUGGUCUGCACUGUUGAUUUAGGGAGUCUCAGGUGUGUACAUUAAUAUGGGGGCCCGUACACCAUUUUGAAUAUCAGCUAAAUGCAGCAUGAAUAUUCUGAGAGCAGCCUUUCCAUGUGAAACAAAGGUGGAGGAAGAGGAGGCGAUGAUAUCGUGGCGUGGGACAGGGCAGUGAAGUUGUCCAGGAAGCACCAUUUCCAUUUUGUUUCUUUGUUUUUGUCUUCAUCGCAAGCAUUCUCUGCCUCCUACACAUAAGAGGAAAGGAGGAGGGUGGGUGUUCCAUUUUGGGUUGUCUUUGGGGGGUCUGGAUGAGGGAACGCUCAAGGCAGACCCAGCAAACGGACUUGAAGAGUAUCACAACUACAUGAGACAGUUUUUGAGGAUCCGGUUGAAUAGGAGAGAGAGCACCACUCGUCCCCGCUCCCCCUCCCCACCAAGGGGAGAGCAAGUCUAAAUCAUGUUGCUUAUCAGUGCUGUUGUGCUGUGAUGUUGCUCAGGCACAGCCCGGCAAAGAGCAGGAAACAUUGUGGACCUCCGCCGAGACCCGGGAUCCACCCAGCUGCCCCAGAGCUGGAGAGCCUGUCCCCACCGCGCCUGUCGCCCCCACCUCGCGCCGCCCCCCUUAGCGGCAUGUACCCCGAAGACAGCCGGGGUUCCGGAGGGGUCGCCACGGUGGACUUCUUGGAGGGGACGUACGACUAUGCCUCCCCAACUCCGGCUCCGACUCCGCUCUACAGUCACCCCACCACGGGUUACUACUCGGCACCCCUGGACACUCACGGCCCUCCCUCGGACGGCAGCCUUCAGUCGCUGGGCAGCGGGCCCAACAGCCCCCUCGUCUUUGUGCCCACCAGCCCCCGGCUCAGCCCUUUCAUGCACCCCCCCGGCCAUCACUAUCUGGAAGCCACUUCAACCUCUGGCUACAGGUCCAGCGAGCCAGCCGGUCAGCAGCAGGUCACCAGGGAUGAGCAGUGUGGCACCAGUGCAGAGCCUUACGUUGUGGGCGGGUCAGAGGUCGCCGCAGCCGCUGGGGUGUUCGAGAUGGCCAAGGAGACACGGUUCUGUGCUGUAUGCAGCGACUACGCCUCCGGCUACCACUAUGGGGUGUGGUCCUGUGAGGGAUGCAAGGCCUUCUUCAAGAGAAGCAUCCAAGGCCACAAUGACUACGUGUGCCCUGCAACCAAUCAGUGCACGAUUGACAGGAAUCGCAGGAAGAGCUGCCAGGCAUGCCGACUAAGGAAGUGCUACGAAGUGGGCAUGAUGAAAGGAGGUGUGCGCAAAGACCGCGGUCGCGUGCUACGGCGUGACAAGCGGCGCACAGGCACAUCUGAGAAGACUACCAAGGACGCGGAGCAUAGAAAAGUGUCCCCACAGGACGGGAGGAAACAAGGAAGCUGUGCCGGUGGGGGAAGAUCAUCUGUAACGGACAUCCCACCUGACCAGGUGCUUCUCCUGCUGCAGGGGGCCGAACCCCCGAUAUUGUGUUCGCGGCAGAAGCUGAGCCGACCCUACACGGAGGUCACCAUGAUGACCCUGCUCACCAGCAUGGCUGACAAGGAACUAGUCCACAUGAUCGCUUGGGCCAAGAAGCUUCCUGGUUUCCUGCAGCUUUCCCUGCACGACCAGGUGCAGCUGCUAGAAAGCUCGUGGUUGGAGGUGCUGAUGAUCGGCCUCAUCUGGAGGUCCAUCCACUGUCCUGGAAAGCUCAUCUUCGCUCAGGACCUCAUUUUGGACAGGAGCGAAGGAGACUGCGUUGAAGGCAUGGCUGAGAUCUUUGACAUGCUGCUGGCCACCGCCUCUCGGUUUCGCAUGCUAAGACUCAAGCCUGAGGAGUUUGUCUGCCUCAAAGCAAUUAUCUUGCUCAACUCUGGCGCCUUUGCGUUCUGCACGGGUACCAUGGAGCCGCUCCAUGACAGCGUGGCGGUGCAAGGCAUGCUGGACACCAUCACCGACGCCCUCAUACAUCACAUCAGCCAAUCAGGGUGCUCAGUGCAGCAGCAGGCCAGGCGCCAGGCCCAGCUGCUCCUCCUACUAUCUCACAUCAGGCACAUGAGUAACAAAGGCAUGGAGCACCUGUACAGCAUGAAGUGUAAGAACAAAGUGCCACUUUACGACUUGCUGCUGGAGAUGCUGGACGCCCAUCGCUUGCACCGUCCGGCUAAAGUGCCUCCCAGCGGUAGCAGCAACGGUGGCCCCUCCUCCAGUUCAGGAGGUAGCAGCAACAGCAGCCAGGAGAGCCUCAGCAGAGCCCCUCCAUGUCCAGGAGUCCUGCAGUUUGGAGGGUCCCGCUCCGACUGCGCUGACAUCCUAUGAGACGGAACAAAACAAUCGGUGUUGUUGUGGAGGUGAUUUCAUGAUUAAGAUGAUCGAUUUCUGUGGUUUGUUCAGGCACAAAUCAUCACUUUUACAUUGCAAGUGCCAGCUUUUACAUCACAUUGUAGCAAACUGUGAGCAACACUCAUUCAAAUUAAUGAGCAACUAUUCUUCAGUUUUCAUUUUCCCAUUCAACCAAAGUGCACUUCCUCUUGGCUUUAAGGGGCUAUUGGGCAUUACUUUCACGUUGUUGCAGAAUGUGAUUAAAUGUGUAAUUUAUUUUAGGUUUCAACUGCCAGCUGAGAUCAGCAUGUCUGGUGUUGUGGUUUUGUCAUAUUUGGAAACAAUUGAUAAGAAUUCAAGUGUUUGUGUUUCAGUCCGCUGUUGGUGAAUUAAAAAAAAAAAAAAAAGCUUCAAAUCCAAGCCAAACUGUAUCAUCUGUUAACUUUGAACAUUUUUGUUUUCAAAGUGAACUUGUUUUGUAUUAAAGGAACAUGCUCUAAAAAUAAAGAACACCCAAAACACCCUAGAUCUCUAUGAAUUAAAUAUUCCAAUUGCAAAUCCAUUCAUGCCGUAGCAGAAUGUAGGGCUGCAACAAUUAUUCGGAUAAUUUGAAUACCUUGAUUACAAAAAAUAGUCAAGGAAUCGCUUACAUCACCAACACAGAGGACUAAGAAGGAAGCAGGUGAAGACGCCAGAAGAUUGAAGAGUCUAGGGAAAAAAAGACAAGUUAGAUCAGCCUGUGAGAUGAUUUUUCCACUUUCCAGUAUGAUUUUGAAUCCAGACCAUGGGUUCAUGAGUUUGCGUAUGUUCUCCAACAUGUAAUGAAUAAAGAUUUCAAGUGGAAUAUUUAAUUCACUCAAAAUUUUGGAUGUGUUCCCUUUACUUUUGGGCAGCAGUGUAUGUUUGUGUCCUACAUUCUCUAGGUGAUAAUUGAUUUUUGUCUUUUACUCUUAAUGACAAUUAUUUCUGGUGAAAAUAUUGUUAAGAGGUGAAAAAUACUCACUGAUGGUCUUUGGAAGUAAGUGUAAUGUAUGCAUUGAAUUGCAGAAAAAAAUAAAAACAACCAUUUGGA